UGGGAGAGGGCAGGGCAACAGAGCAGCUGCCUGAACGGAGAUCUCUGCUGCUUUGCUGUGUGCAGUUGAGAGAGAGUUGACGGGUCGAUUGAUUCUUGCACAAUUCGAUGUGCUGCCUCGAUCACUUCGUGUGUUCAUCAAUUCUGGUGUGGGAGAUCGAGGGAGUAGUGUUCGAUUUGGCAGCGCGGUCGGGUGGUUGGAUUGUUUGAUUGCUGCUAGGACGGAGGUUUAUUAGAACGUUUAUAGGUGGAUUGGGUCGGGACAAGUUUGUGGGUCCUGGAGCCGGAUGUUUAGGAGGAAGACACAGAUUCAGUGAAGUUGGAGGAAGAUUACUAGCUAGUAAGAGAUGUCGCUCCGGCCAGAGCGUCAAGCUCCUCCGGAGAUUUUUUACAAUGAAUCUGAAGCUCGGAAGUAUACCACUUCGUCGCGAAUUAUCGAAAUUCAGGCCAAACUAACAGAACGAGCGCUGGAACUGCUGGCGUUGCCUAGUGAUGGUAUUCCUCGUCUUCUGUUGGACAUAGGAUGUGGGUCAGGUUUAAGCGGAGAGACGUUGACUGAGAAUGGGCAUCAUUGGAUCGGAAUGGACAUUUCCGAGUCUAUGAUAGAUAUCGCUCUUGAACGCGAGGUCGAUGGAGACUUGCUGGUCAGCGACAUUGGGCAGGGUUUGGGUUUCCGCCCUGGCUCAUUGGAUGGAGCCAUUAGUAUUUCAGCUGUGCAGUGGCUUUGCAAUGCCGAUAAGAGUUGCAAUGAUCCCCGGGCACGACUUAAAGCAUUUUUUUCAUCUCUGUACAAGUGUCUAGCGAGAGGAGCUCGAGCGAUCUUGCAAAUUUAUCCUGAAAAUACACAACAAUUGGAGAUGAUUUCAACAGCUGCAAUGCGAGUAGGGUUUUCGGGAGGCUUGGUUGUCGAUUAUCCUCACAGUUCAAGAGCAAAGAAGUACUUUUUGUGUUUGUCUUGUGGUCCACCCAGUACAAGCACUCCCCUUCCGAAAGCAAAGGGCGAGGACGGAGGAAGUGAAAGUGAGGAUGAUAGUGAGGACGAGGAAAACGAAACUGUUGAUGUAGCUGAAAGGCAAAGGCCGGCGAAAAGACUGAAAAACGGAAAGAAAGUCAAGGGGAGAGCGUGGCUUCUCAAAAAGAAAGAGCAAAGGAGAAACAAGGGUGUAACAAAUGUUCCACGAGACACGAAGUACACUGGGCGUAAAAGAAAAACACGGUUUUAGAUUCUUAGAGACAUUUGGGAUUAUCAUCAUUGUACUAAUACGAGCACAUUUUUUUCUCUUGAAAGUCACCUCGAAGAGAGUUUUAAACAAAGAUAGUUCAGUAGUAGGAAUUUUUGGCAACUUUAUGGCUUACAGGUAAUUGCCUUAGCCACAUACUUUCUUAGUCCUUUAUUCAGUGGAUGAAAGAUCGGGAGUGGAUCUGUAGAUAAUCUGAGUGUUGCUUCAAGCCUUUUAUUCGAAUUUGUUACACGAUGCCACCGGCAUCGCGAUUGUAUUCGAGAAUCGUUAGUGAAUCUGAAGUGCACGUGUCAUACAGACGUCUUU